AACUAGUCUUUAAAUUCUCCAUCACUAUUAUCCUCAAAAUUCUUCCGAAGAAGACUGCAAAUAUGAGUUCUGCUCUCAUCCAUGAAAUCAAAGGGCAAGCAUUUCGGUUCUUGAAGGAGAAGAUUAAAACUGCAAGGCUAGUGCUCACGGAUGUUACACCAGUACAAUUAAUGACAGAAGAAGUCACAAAUGAGAAUCCACGGCCACCAGAUACGCGAACCAGGAGUAUAAUAGCACGAGCUGCCUUCGAAGUGGAUGAAUAUGAGAGAAUAGAGAUUUUGCAUCACAGGUUGUCGAAAUUUGAUAAAGGGUAUUGGAGAGCCUCAUACAAUGCUCUUACUUUACUGGAACAUCUUCUAACUCAUGGACCUAAAAGAGUACCCGAGGAGUUUCAAUGUGAUAUACAUGUUAUUGAAGAGAUUGGACAAUUUCAGUACAUUGAUGAAAAACGGUUCAACUGGGGUUUGAGUGUUAGAAAAUUAUCAGAAAGAAUAUUAAAGCUCUUAAAAACAAGGAUUUUUUCACAGAAGAAAGAGCAACAGUACGCAAUCUUUCUCAUGCAAUCAAAGGUUUUGGAAGUUUUAAUUGUAACAUCCCAAUUUUUCGUAAAUAAAUUUAAAAAGUUUUUUUAGUAAAAAUAAAUAAAUAAAUAAAUAUAGAGUAAAUAAUAGGC